GACUUUCCAGGCGCUCCAGGCUGCGCGGAGGCCGCGCCGCACUCGUUCACCAGCGGCCAUGGAGGUUACGUCGAGCAUCUCGCUCCUGCUCGGGCUGGCAGCCGUCUGUUUGUCGCAGAAAUACUCCAACCUCAAUUACAACAGCAACAAUCGAAACACAGCAUGCAAGACGCCGAAGAAGAUGGAUGGCGUCUGCAUUGCAAUCGAGAAUUGCCCUGCACUGUUCUCGCUGCUGAACCAGAACCCCAGGAACGAAGCCAUAAAGUACCUGAGGGAGUCAAAUUGUGGCUUCCAAGGCCGCUCGCCAAAGGUGUGCUGCCCUGAGCGCUCGGAUGUUAACAGCGGCGAUGGCACCGAUUUCAACCAGCAGCCUGCAGUGACAUCGACGACGUCUUCGAGCAAGCCAAACCAGGGCUCGGCUAGCAUAAACAACCAUCCGGCCCUCAGGCUGCUGCCGUCACCCAGCGAAUGUGGCAAGUCCUAUGGCGUGAGGAUCUUUGGUGGCGAGGUCACCGAUCUGGGGGAGUACCCUUGGAACGUCUUGCUGCUCUACCGGAAUCUCCAGAAUGGCAGGACGACAUCUUUGUGUGGAGGAGCGCUGAUCAACAAGCGUUAUGUGGUCACUGCGGCUCACUGCAUUUAUGGAGACCCAAGGAAGUACAAGCUGUCGGCGGUGGUGGUGGGCGAGUAUAACACGUCGACGGACCCGGACUGCAAGCAGGACGAGUUCGGCGGCGAGUCCGAGUGCGCGGCGCCUGUGCAGCGCGUGGCGGUCGAGCAGGCCGUCAUGCAUCCUGACUACAAGCCCACCAGCACGGACCAGUUCCACGACAUCGGCGUCAUCCGGCUGGUGAAGGACGUCGCCUUCCAAGGUUACCUGACGAACCCAAUUUGCUUCCCUCGAGAUGAAAUUCUUACUAAGUCCUAUGUUGGUCAGAAGACUGUGGUUGCUGGCUGGGGGAAAACGGAAAACAGCUCGGGCAGCACCGUCAAGCUGGACGUGAAGGUGCCCGUGGUGGCGACGGACGCGUGCGCGCGCGUCUACCAGCAGCAGCGGCGCGCCGUGGGCGACGGCCAGAUCUGCGCCGGCGGCGAGACGGGCAAGGACUCGUGCCGCGGCGACAGCGGCGCGCCGCUCAUGGUCGCCGACCAGCUGCAGCGGCACGCCAACUCCGACGGCCGCUUCUACCUGCUGGGCGUCGUGUCGUACGGGCCUGACCCGUGCGGCCGCGACGGCUGGCCGGGCGUCUACACGCUCGUGCCCAAGUACGCGGCGUGGAUCCUCGACCAGAUCCGGGAGUGAGGCGGUGGCUCUCCGCCCACAUGUGCUUACUCGCCCGCAAAUACGUCAUGGCGGACUUCCUUUUUAAACUGUUUGAUAUGCACGCAGGCUAAGGUGGCGGGACCUCCGAGGUUUCGGUGUGCUGCGAACCACUUGCAUACCAACUCACUGCUCAUGUCAGAAUAUUGGGAUUGAACCCACAACCCCUUCCGUCUGAUUACGGUCACGAGGUCCCUGCGACGGACGUAGUUGGCAUAUUGUGGAGGUUAUAACAACUGGCAUCACUUUCUAGGCCCCAGUUACAAAGCGGUGAGGCGUUUUAGAAAUCGUCAUUAAGGUCGCCAAAAUACGUGCCGCAUCAUAAUACAUCUUUACAUAUAGCGCAGGUCUGUUGAAGUGCCAUUUGUAAUGUUUGGCUCAUGAGUGUUUCAGUUUUAUUGGGAAUUCGUAACUCAAUUAUGCAGUCAUGUGUGGAAGUCAAUGAUUGGCGGCACGAAAAGGACUGGUUUGCGGCCUGUCUCUUAACUAUUGAAAUGCAUAUAAAACACACUUUUUAUGUUCAUCUCAAUAUAGUUCAAAAAGUACUUUCAAACUGCCAUGGAAUAAAGGCGAAUAAUUUACCUUUUUUUCCACGAUAUUAUUACCUUUAUUUCAUUAUUUGUUUAGUUGAAGAAUUCAGAGUAGAAGCACCAAAUAUUAUUCCAAUGGUUUAAAUGUGUUUUAAAAGUUUUGUGCUAAAAAAUUUACUAAGCCUGCUUGCGGAUCAUGCUGGCCCGCAUAAAAUAUAGUAUUUCUAAAAAUAUCCCACGUCCGUUUUAAGUUUUACACCUCUGGCUUAUCUCAUAUUUGGUAUAUUAUACCAGCUUCUUACAGCGGCGUAUAGUUUGAGAUUACCAAUACUUAAACUAGUUAUGGUAUACAAUGAUUUAGUUCUACGCAGGUGACCAUUACAUGCUUAUUAUUUGACAAUAGAACUCUCAGAACCUUUUACAUUUUUACAAAUAGUACUCAAACAUACAAGCAUUUUUUGAAUUUAUUUUUGAAAAUAAAAUUGUAUUUUCAAGCAUUACUCAUUUUAAUAGGCAGGUCUUCGAAUAUAUCUUACUGCUUUGAAACUUGGACUUUAAAAGUGGCUCGUCUCACUUGCCGAGUUGGUUAUUAAUUUUUAUUUUUCAUUACUGUAAAUUAAGGGAUUUUCCUGUGUAAUUUUUUUCUGAUAUCACAUUUGCGUUUGUUGUUUGACCACGAAUGGUUUUAUCACAUAUUUAGUAAAUAUAAUUUUUGAGUUGUAGAAUGUCACGCAAGUGAUCAUAAUUAUUAUGAAAACGUAUCUGCCAUUUCACUGCAAUUAGGUAAUAUGUAUUUAGGAAAUAUCUGUUGAGAACAUUUGAGACGAAACAUAAAAUGCAAGAAAGCUAUCGUGAUGAAUUAAAAAAGCUCUUAAAUAUUAUCAAUAACAAGAAAAUGGAAUAACCAAAAUGGCUUGUGGGAUAUAGCCUUAACGAUGUGCCAACUGCAGCCGCCAUGAAGCAUUUUAGACGGUUCUUUUGACAAACAACCAGUUCAAUGUUAGGGUAUCAUAACCGUUUUGCUGCGCAGCUUGCGCGUGCGGUCUACAUCAUCAGUAUUCUAUGGAACAAUCCAGUGAUCUGCUUUAUACUUUGCCAUUUGCUCAUUAGCUCCUACCCGCAUGCGAAUAAUUGGAUGGUCUCCGGGUAAAAUGUUACAAGCUACAUCUUAGGCAUUUCAUUUUAUUGUAUUAAAAAAAUCACAUAUUUAGUAAGAUUCUUAACUUGGUUUAAAUGAAUUGUGUCAGUGUCAGAGUAAAAACUAUGCUAUUGUGUUACAAAAUUCACCAGUAAACAAAAAUACAUUUCACGCCAAGAUUGUCCAAUUGGAUCUUGUCCGAGAAAAUAUGCCAUGCUUACUGCAAGAGACAAUGUGUGAAUCCCAGUGCUUGGUAUAACUCAACAUUUCAAAAGCACUGCAUCGUUACCACUUUAAUCGGGUUUGUCCCAUCACCCUGAACCAGAGCUGCAUACAGUCGUUAGUUACAACACUGCCUUUGCUUAAGUUCUGAGAAAACAGUUUAAGAUUAAACAGCUUGUUUUUAUAAUUUUACCUAGAUGUGCCGCAAGUGGCUAUGCAAAUAGAAUGAUUUACAAAAUACCAGUAAACAUUAUUUAUUAUUUAAUAAAAACAAAGUUAUUUUAGACAUGGUCAUGCUUCUUAGGCAAACCCAAAUCAUUUUAAAUUUUCGGGGUGGUCAAUUUUCACGAAAUAUUUUUAUUCUAAAAAUGUAUCUUUUAUUUUUUUAACCACUUCAAUAAAAAAUCUAAAUCACGCUUUUAAAACAUCUUAUGUUAUAAUUUUGAUUAUUGAAAAUGUUUAAAUUCGCGUAUUAAUGGUUUCCUUAAUAAGAUAUGAGACGUAUUAUGACAUGUUAAAUGUAUUAGGGGGGGGGGUAUUGUGACCAUAUUCAACAACAUCGUGAAAUUAUCAAUCUGCUUAUUACUUACAGAGUAGCAAAAAUAAAACUGAGUCAAAAAUGUACAUAACAUUUUAAAAUCAUCUACAUUUUUAUGCUUACCUUAAACCCAGAUUUUGUAUCUGGUAUUAAUAAAAUGAUAUUAGAACUUUUUUUUUCAGAAUAUGAUUUUUAAUAAUAUUGCUAUAUAAUAUGAUUGACAUUUCAGUAGCCUACAUGUAUUAAAUUUCAAUGUUGUCAUACACUACCACAAAAAUUACACACACACACCUUUAGAUUUAAUAAUGGCCAUGUUUAGAUACUUGACGAAGGAACUGAGACUCAAAAUAAACUCGUUAAUUUGCAUAAGCCAGGAGGUAUUGAAGAAGCUGAGAGUUAAGCAUCUUAUAAGUGUUUAUGCAUCGUGACAUAUGGGCCUAAGAUGGUUUAUAUUUGAGUUAAUCGAAAGUUAUAACUUACUUUAUGCUCCAAAUAGCACCCAGUUAAGUAACAGUAAUAAUUAUACAAUGUUCAUGAUUGAUUUAAUGGUGAUUUAUUCCAGAAAAAUAAAACAGGCAACAACUGCCAUGAUUAUAUUUUACCAGCGGAGUUUUGUAUGUGUGUAUCGUCUAUAUUAUGAAAUUUAUAAUGGUUGAAAAUAGCUUAAAAUUAAGUGACUUUUAGUUGUAGCAUUAUUAUUUGUUUUGACAUGGGUUCUGUUUUUAAAAUAUGGUUAUGAUCAAACCACAUAAAAUUUUAUAUUGCAAUCUAAAACCAUUAAUGAAUUGCGAAUCAGAAACACUGCUUAUUUUGGCAGUUAUUUUGGCCAAUAAUAAACACACAAUGGUCAAUAUUACACAGAAAAUAUGCAUUCAUUGUCCUGCUUUGUCAUUUAUUUACAAAAUUAAAUGUUUUCUGUUCACUUUCACAUCACUACACAUAAUGAAGGAAGAAAGUGUGUUUUGGGUACUUCCCAAGUAAAGAAAAGUCGCACACCUACGUCGUAAUUACUAACCUUAAAUUAGUUGAAUUGUGCGCAAAUUGGCAAAUAUUCAUUUUAACAAGGAAAAUUAUUAUUACUGGCAAUUUUGGCAGAUAUUCAUUGGUGAAACUAUUGAACUCACUAGCUAAAUAACUUUAUUUCCAAAAUGAAUAAAAUAUUUAAUUUUUUAAGCACCAUACCAGAAUUUAUUUUCAUGUAUUUGAAGAAGUGCUUUUAGUAGAGUAAAUGCUUUUGCCGUAGCAAGGAAUUGUUUGUGCAGUAUCUCUCUUAUAAACUCAUAGAAAUCGUUUCAAACAAUUGUGCUCCUAAAAUAACAUUAACACUGUUUUAUGUUUGGCUGUAUGUGCCACUCUUUUAUAUGAAGUACUUGAGUUCGUGAUAAAGGUACCAUAUAAUUAUUGAUGCUACAAUAAUCAUACAUGUAUACAUGCUUCACAAGUCUCUGCCCACACUUUGUGAGCCACCACACAUAGGCUAAGAACUCACUUCAUGGACUCUACAUAAGUAGUUGCCCACACUCAUAACCAAAUAUAGCCUAUAACACAAACAAAAAUCCAUAACUGCUUGAAGUAUGUAUAACAUGCCUCCCGAUGCAUGCACAGAUGUUUUUAUCUCUAUAGUCACAAAAUAAACACAAAUUAUUGUAAUAUGUAUUCCACAACUCAUUGAUAUCCUCUAAAAAGUUUUAGUUAUUAAAUUUGGAAAUUAAUAAUUGGCUUUCAUUAUAAUUGAUUCUAAAAUACAUAAGUGCUAGUAUUUAAAAAUUGCUGUUAAGUUUAGAUAUUAAUUAUUCAGACACUCAAAACAUGUAUUUUUUGUAAAUAUAGUUUUUUGCUUUGUAUUCAGCAAUGUAGUCAAUAUGUGCUACAGAAAUUACUUUAUUUCUGUAAUAUCAUUGCUUUAAUAAACUACAAAAUUACAAAAUUUUUAUUUUUAAAAAUUGCAUUAAUAAAUUAUUUUAAACAAA